UAAAGCCUCAUACUUCCAAAACGACAAUACUACCUUCGCUUUUCAAUUUUCUCAUCUCUGUGUGUGUGGAGACUGUUUGUGUUACUAAGGCAAGUAAGAGUAGGCUUAUUUUGUGAGCUGUAACAACUAAGUACAUAUGAAACAGACUAUAAACCAAGAUGUCUAGCACAGAUUAUACACUAGCCAAGAGCUGACAUGGAUGAGUCUUUUCUGAAUGACCUUUUGGAGUGCUCUGUGUGUUUUGAACAACUUGAUGUCACCAGUAAAGUAUUACCUUGCCAACAUACUUUUUGUAAACGAUGUCUGGAGGAAAUAGUUACUUCUCAUAAGGAACUACGCUGCCCUGAAUGUCGAGUGUUGGUAGAGACACAGGUAGAUGACCUACCUGCUAAUAUCCUGCUUGUGAGACUGCUGGAAGGUCUAAGAAACAACUCUCGGCCCAGUAAAACUAAUAUUUUAGGAAGUGAAGAUCAGGAUCAAAAACAAACUACUCCUCAGCAUGUAGCUUCUGCUGGGCUCAAAACAACAGCAGCAUUAACUGCCCCUCUUCCACCUUCAGUGUGGCAGUUUGCAGCAAGAAGUGGAGGAGAAGCAAGAAUUCUUCCCAGACAGGUCCCUAUCAGUUAUCAUGUACCAUGUGCCAAAGCAAUUCAUUCCUAUGAAUCUAAAGAACCAAGGUGA